GAUCUCCUCUUGGGCCGCAGAGCCCCGGGGAGUCGGCAGCACUUGAGCUCCUGGCCUUCCUUCCUGUUCUGCUUGUGCUUCACCAGCCCCUUUCCCGCGCAGCAGGCUCUGAGCUGAGGUGCCCUGAGGUUCCUUAGGAGGCUCCUGCGUGCCCAAUCAACACAGCCCGAGCCACUCUCUUCUGCACCGGAACUGGCACCGCUAUGGGCUACCUGCUUCCGCUUCUCCACCUGGCCGCGUCCAUCUCAACAGUCCUUGCCUCAUGGGGUAUCUCCAGUCCUGAGACUGUGCAGGGCGUGAAGGGGUCCUGCCUCAUCAUCCCCUGCAUCUUCAGUUUCCCUGACAACGUGAAGGUGCCCCAAGGCAUUACCACCAUCUGGUACUAUGUCUACUCGGGAAAUCAGCAGGUGGUUCACCACUCGUCCGAGCCCCAGCUGGUGGACGCGCGCUUCCAAGGCCGUACCCAGCUGCUGGGGAACACUGAGCACAGGGUGUGCAACCUGAUGCUGAAGGACCUGCGCCCCCAGGACUCGGGCAAUUACAGAUUUCGCUUCGAGAUCAGUGAUAGCAACCGCUGGGGGGAUGUCAGAGGCACAACGGUCACUGUGACAGAGAAGCCCAAUGUGCCCACCAUCGCCUCACCAUUGGAGCUUCGCGAGGGCAUGGAGGCGGACUUCAACUGCUCCACUCCCUACGCGUGCCUGCAGGAGCCCGUCCACCUGCAGUGGCAAGGCCAGGACCCCGCUCGCUCAGUCACCUCCCACCACGAGAAGCUCGAUCUCACAGGCAUCAGCAACCAGGAGACCCUCCAUAUGGCCCUGUCCUGGCAGGACCACGGUCGGACCCUGAGCUGCGAGCUCUCGGUGGCCAAACACAAGACAAAGGGCGAGAUUUUCCUCCAAGUGCAGUAUGCCCCCAAAGGUGUGGAGAUCCUCCUCAGCCCUUCGGAGGGGAACAUCCGUCCAGGAGAUCUGGUCACCCUCACCUGCCAGGUGAACAGCAGCUACCCCAAGGUCAGUUCUGUGCAGUGGGUCAAGGACGGGACGCCCCUCAAAGCCCAGAGCCGCAUGCUGCAGUUGUCCCACGUAGCCUGGGACGAUGCCGGAGUCUACACCUGCCGAGCUGAGAACAACGUGGGCUCCGUGGGCUCACCCCCCUUCAGCCUCCACGUCUUCAUGGCUGAGGUGCAGGUGAGCCCAGCAGGCCCCAUCCAGGAAAACCAGACAGUGACGCUGGCCUGCAACGUGCCUAAAGAAGCACCCAGCGAGCUGCAGUACAGCUGGUACAAGAACCAUGCCCUGCUGGAGGAUGCCCACAGCCGUACCCUCCAGCUGCACUCGGCUACCAGGGCCGACACUGGCUUCUACUUCUGUGAGGUGCAGAACGCCCAGGGCAAGGAGCGCUCUGGGCCUGUCAGCGUGGUGGUCAUCCACCCGCCCCUCGCCCCCGACCUAACUGCCUUCCUGGAGAUGCAGGCAGGGCUGGUGGGCAUCCUCUACUGCUCCGUGGUCAGCGAGCCCAUGGCCACCCUGGUGCUGUCACAUGGGGGACUUGUCUUGGCCUCCACCUCCGGCAAGGAUCACCACAGCCCACGCUUCAGUGUCUCCUCUGCCCCCAACUUUCUGAGCCUGGUGAUCCGAGACUUGGAGCUGGCGGACAGUGGGGAAUACAUAUGCACAGCCACCAACUCCUACGGGAAUGCGUCCUCCUCCCUGGACUUCCAAGCCAAUGCCGCCCGCCUCCUCAUCAGCCCAGCAGCAGAGGUGGUGGAAGGGCAGGCGGUGACCCUGAGCUGCAGGAGCGGCCUGAGCCCAACGCCUGACCUGCGUUUCUCCUGGUACCUGAACGGAGCCCUGCUCCUCGAGGGGCCCAGCAGCAGCCUCCAGCUCCCUGCAGCCUCCAGCACCGACGCUGGCUCAUACCACUGUCAGGUCCAGGACGGUCACAGCGCCAGCGGGCCCUCCUCGCCUGCCGUCCUCACGGUGCUCUACGCCCCACGCCAGCCCCGGCUCACUGCCCGGCUGGACUCCGACGCUGCAGGGCUUGGGGUUGGCCGUCGAGGUUUCCUGGAGUGCCGUGUGGACAGUGACCCCCCAGCCCAGCUGCGGCUGCUCCACAGGGACCGUGUAGUAGCCUCUUCCCCGCCAUCAGGGGGCGGCUGCAGCUCCUGUGGGGGCUGUUCCCAGCGCACAAAGGUCAACAGAGCCCCUAACCUGCUGCGUGUGGAGAUUCGUGACCCGGUGCUGGAGGACGAGGGUGUGUACCUGUGCGAGGCCAGCAACGCUCUGGGCAACGCCUCCUCCUCCGUGACCUUCGAUGCCCAGGCCACUGUCCUGGUCAUCGCACCAUCACACACACUGCCAGAGGGCACCGAAGCCAACCUGACUUGCAAUGUUAGCCGGGAAGCCAGUGGUGGCCCUGCCAACUACUCUUGGUUCCGGAAUGGGGCACUGUGGGCCCAGGGCCCCCUGGAGACCAUGACGCUGCUGCCUGUGGCCAGAACGGAUGCUGCCCUCUAUGCCUGCCGCAUCGUCACCGAGGGUGGUGCCCAGCUCUCCACCCCCGUGGUCCUGAGUGUGCUCUAUCCUCCAGACCCUCCAAAACUGUCAGCCCUCCUGGAUGUGGGCAAGGGCCACAUGGCUGUGUUUGUCUGCACUGUGGACAGUAGCCCGAUGGCCCAGCUGACCCUGUUCCACGAGGAACGCCUCUUGGCCACCACCCUGGGGCCCCAGCUCCCAUCCCAUGGCCGCUUCCAUGCUAAGGCCACGGCCAACUCCCUGCGGCUAGAGGUCCGAGACCUGGGCCUUGGAGACUCUGGCAGUUACCUCUGUGAGGCCACAAAUGACCUUGGAUCAGCCAAUACCUCCCUCUUCUUCCAGGUCCGAGGAGCCUGGAUCCAGGUCUCACCCUCGCCCGAGCUCCAGGAGGGCCAGGCUGUGGUCCUGAGCUGCAAGGUACCCACAGAGGCCCUGGAAGGGACCUCGUACCGCUGGUAUCGGGACGGCCAGCCCCUCCAGGAGUUGACCUCGGCCACACUCCACUUUGCAGCCAUAACUUUGAGCCAAGCCGGGGCCUAUCACUGCCAAGCCCAGGCCCCGGGCUCAGCCUCUGCUAGCCUGGCCGCUCCCGUCAGCCUCCACGUGUCCUAUGCCCCACGCCAGGCCACACUCACCACCCUGAUGGACACUGGCCCUGGGCGACUGGGCCUUCUUCUGUGCCGGGUGAACAGCGACCCUUUGGCCCAGCUACGACUGCUCCAUGGGGACCGCCUCGUGGCCUCCACCCUACAAGGUGUAGGGGAACUGGCAGGCGGCUCCCCCCGGCUAAAGGUGGCGGUGGCCCCCAACACACUGCGCCUGGAGGUCCACAAUGCAGUGCUGGAGGACGAGGGCGUCUACACCUGCGAGGCCACCAAUGCCCUGGGCCGGACCUCGGCCUCAGCCCGUUUCGAUGCCCAGGCUGUGAGUGUGCAGGUGUGGCCAAAGGCCACCGUGCAGGAGGGGCAGCCAGUGAACCUGACCUGCCUUGUGUGGACCACCCACCUGGCCCAGCUCACCUACACAUGGUACCAGGACGGGCAGCAGCGCCCAGGUGCCCAAUCCAUCUAUCUGCCCAAUGUCACGGUCGCGGAUGCUGCCUCCUACCACUGCGGUGUGGUGACCCCUGGCCAGGCACCCCGCUUCUCCAGACCUGUCAUCCUUGAUGUCCUCUACCCGCCCCGCAGCCUGCGCCUGACCUCCCUCCUGGAGAACCGUGGUGGGCGGCUGGCCCUGCUCCUGUGCACUGUGGACAGCCACCCACCCGCCCAGCUGGCCCUCAGCCAUGCUGGUCGCCUCCUGGCCUCCUUGACCGAAGCCUCUGUGCCCAACACCCUGCGCCUGGAGCUGCGGGAGCCCCGGCCCAGAGAUGAGGGUCUCUACAGCUGCUUGGCCCGCAGUCCUCUGGGCCAGGUCAACACGUCUCUGGAAUUGCGACUAGAGGGCGUGCAGGUGACUCUGGCUCCGUCGGCCGCUGUCCCAGAGGGCGCCUCCGUCACAGUGACCUGUGAGGACCCUGCUGCCAGCCCACCCACCCUCUAUACCUGGUAUCACAACAGCCGUUGGCUGCAGGACGGGCCAGCCGCCUCCCUCUCAUUCCCGAUCGCUACGCGGGCUCACGCGGGUGCCUACUCCUGCCAAGUCCAGGAUGCCCAGGGCACACGGAGUUCCCGGCCUGCAGCCCUGCAAGUCCUCUAUGCCCCUCGGGAUGCCAUUCUGUCCUCCUUCCGGGACUCGAGGACCAGCCCCAUGACCGUGGUGCAGUGCACUGUGGACAGCGAGCCACCUGCUGAGCUGGCCCUGUCCCAUGAUGGCAAGGUACUGGCCACCAGCCAAAGUGUCCAUGGCUUGGUAUCGGGGACAGGCCCUGUCCAGGUGGCUCGCAAUGCCCUGAGGCUACAGGUACAAGGUAUGCCCUCAGGUGAUGAGAACACCUACAUCUGCACGGCCCACAACCUGCUGGGCUCAGUCAGCACCACGGGGCAGCUACAAGCAGAAGGUGUGCGUGUGGUGGCUGAGCCAGGCCUGGAUGUGCCUGAGGGUGCAGCGCUGAAUCUGAGUUGUCACCUUCCUGGUGGCCCCAGUUCCCUGGUCAACUCCACUUUCACUUGGUUCUGGAAUGGCCGGCAACUAUACGCGGAGCCUGUGCCCAUCCUUUCCUUCUCCCACGUGGCCCGUGCCCAAGCUGGAGUGUACCACUGCCGGGCUGAGCUCCCCACUGGGACCACUACCUCUGCUUCAGUCAUGCUCCGUGUGCUCUACCCUCCCAAGAUACCCACCAUGACAGCCUUUGUGGACCCUGAGGGUGGCAUCCAGGGCAUUCUGGACUGUCGAGUGGAUAGCGAGCCCCUAGCCAGCCUGACCCUCCACCUUGGCAGUCGGUUGGUGGCCUCCAGCCAGCCUCUGGGUGCUCCAAUGGAGCCGCACAUCCGUGUCUCAGCUACACCCAAUGCCUUGAGGAUGGACAUUGAGGAGCUGAGGCCCAGUGACCAGGGGGAAUAUGUGUGCUUUGCCUCCAAUGCCCUGGGCUCUGCCUCCGCCUCCACCUACUUUGGAACCAGAGCCCUGCAGCGCCUGCAUCUGUUCCAGCAGCUGCUCUGGGUCCUGGGGCUGCUGGCUGCCUUCCUCUUCCUCCUGUUGGGCCUGGGGGCCUGCUACGCCUGGAGAAGGAGAUGUUUCCAUAAGCUGAGAGUGGGUGAGAAAUCCAUGGAGAUGGCUUAUCAGAAGGACAGCAUACAGCUCAUGGAUCCUGAUGCAGCUACAUUUGGGGCUUCAUCCUGUGCUCUGUCCCUGAGCUGA